AUGGCGACGGCGAGCUCGAACAGGGGUCACCGGGAACUCGACCUCGACUCAUUUCUCCGAUCCCACGGUACGGGCAGCAGCGACGACGACGGUGGGGACGAAGAAACUGAGGCAAACGGAUUCCACCACCGCACCGUGGAUGAAAUCCUCAAUGACUCCGAUUCGUCCAGCUCCUCCGGAGACGGCGCUUCGCCCUGGAUCAACUCCGGUGCUCGGCCCUCGGUGGACGGAGCAGGCGCCGAUAACCUUGAUGAACCGUCAGGAGAAGGUGACAAUGAAGAAGAACCCCGCCGGACAGCGAUCGGCGUGGACCUAGGAGAAUUCGGCACCGUUUCUGCACUUACGGACUCCAAUGAACUUUCUACUUCUUCGGUAUCUUCGCGGGGAACCCGAGGAGCCUUCUCAUUGUCAUCUUCCAGAUCUCUGCCCCCUCUCUUCGGUGGUCUCUGGUCAAAUCCCAGACCUGGUGCGGCCCUAGCUGCCGCGGUCGCUGCAUCUCGUUCCAUUCCUACGCCUCAUGCGGCUGCCAUCAAGUCCCGUAGAGCUGGUGUCAGUUCUCUUGAGAAAAUCGGUCAGUCUCUGGACCUAACGGACGAUCCUGGCUUUGAGGAAAGUGCCAUUUUGGACAUUCCACUAGGGGAGUAUCCUUCUUCUAGAAACAGUCUGGGAGGAGAACCAUCAGUGGAACCUCACUCGGCGGAUAGGAUUUUUGGUUCAUCUUUACCAUCACCGUCGUCGUCCUCUUCUUCUGCUUCUCCUGACGCCAAAGGUACCGCAAUUUCACCAAGGGUCGAGAACACUUCCCCUGAUGGUAUUUUUAGAGAUGAGGAUAUUAAUGCAGCCGAAGAAAAAUUAGAAACUGCUCUGGAUUUGACGGACUCGGGUUCUGCAUCUUCGACUUCUGUGAUAGGAAAUGAGAUCGUUCAUGAGGAAGCUGUGAAUCCUCCUGAGUCACUUGCAGCUGCCGAAGAAGAGCAGUUUGGUGGGAAUUUACCUUUUCAUGAUAACACCAGCGAUAAGAGCAAUAUAAUUUCUCAAGAUGGAAAUAUGAGUGAUUUUGCCGAAGAGACCAAAAUACUGUUUGAUGCAAAUGACGUUUCGUCGGAGAAGGCAGGUCAACUGGGAUCAAACAAAAGGGCUGCUAGGAAGGCUGAGAAGAAGUUAAGGUCUUCCAUGAAGCCAUUAGAAUGGGCAGAGGAACUGGAGAAGAGGCAGGCAUCGUCAGGGUUGCACUGGGAAGAGGGGGCAGUUGCUCAACCAAUGAGGCUCAAGGGCAUCAGGAGAGAACCACCGGCUGUGGGAUAUUUGCAGACUGACACUGAGAAUGCAGUCACGCGUGCUUUAUCAUCACAGACAUUUGUGCGGGACCAUGGUUCCCCACAAGUGUUGGCAGUGCAUGUGAAUUAUAUUGCAGUUGGCACAUCAAAGGGCCUAGUUCUCAUGAUUCCUAGUAAAUAUUCUUCUCAAUGUGCAGACAAUAUGGAUGCGAAGGUCAUUUUUCAUUUUUUCUGGUUACUUUGUUUAAAUAGUUAAAACGAAAACUGAUUAAAUGUAGCCAGAAAAUAUUUUGUGGCUUAUAUGAUCCUGGCCUUUUUUUUCUAUAUUAAUUGCUACAUUAUAGUCUGCUCGCAUGAGCAUCUUCGACUUACGUUUUAUGUCCUGUACCUUUCUCUUUAAAAUUAAAAAGCUUUAACUUCCGGAAGAUCACUGGCUCAUUGUAUGGGCUUUUCUUUAGAAGGAUAUUACUUCACUUGCCUACACUUUAGCAGUUUCUGUUUUUCAGUUGGCACCGUAGGUUUGCCUGGGGUCUAUCAAGUCUAUUAGAUGCUAUGAUCUUCAUAGUUAAAUCUAGUGUGUGAGAUCAUGGCAUUUGCUGAAUGGUAUAAAGUUUCCAUAUUUGUUGUUUCUGAUUUAGAUAAUCCUUUGGGAGAUAAAGGAGGUUUUAAACAGUAUAUAAUUCUCUUUCUGUUUCCACAUACUUUCUUCAUAAUAUGCUGGUACAUUGCAGAUGUUGGUGCUUGGCUCCCAUGGUGAUAAACCUCAUGUUCCUGUGACAUCUAUGUGCUUCAACCCGCAAGGUGACCUGCUGUUGGUUGGUUAUGCUGAUGGUCAUUUAACGGUGUGGGAUGUUCAAAAGGCAUCAUAUAUGAAAAUUAUUACUGGGGAGCAUUCGGCCCCUGUAGUUCACGCGUUGUUUCUUGGGCAAGAUCUUCAAGUUACACGGCAGUUUAAAGUUGUUACCGGUGAUUCAAAGGGGCUCGUUCUGUUACAUGCCUUUUCUGUGGUUCCUUUGCUAAAUCGUUUCUCUAUAAAGACUCAGGUAUAUUCUCCACAUCUCUUGUCGGGGGGAGGAACAUAUGAUAAUGAUUCUGAUCGUAUUAAGCAUCUCAAGUCCAUAUCGACUAAAAUCUAUCAUUUCAUCCUCAUGCAAUGCUGUUGUGACAGUGUCUCCUCGAUGGUCAAAAAACGGGAACCGUAUUAUCUGCGUGCCCUCUUCUUAUAAAUGAAUUGUAUUUUGGACCAUCGUCUGCUCAAGGCAAUGUGGCAGUUUCCAACAGUAGCCUUGGAAGCAUGGUUGGGGGUGUCGUUGGAGGAGAGGCAGGAUGGAAGCUCUUUAAUGAAGGAAUGUUGGCAGAGGAAGGUGUGGUCAUAUUUGUUACCCACCAAAAUGCUCUGGUGGUAUGUAGCCAUAAAAUGCUUAAUGCUUUUCUCUAGUCAAGGUACUAUCCUAGAUAAGUGAAGUUGCUUUGUUUUCAUGACAGGUGAGGCUUAGUCCAAAUCUAGAAGUAUACGAAAAACUUUCCAGGCCAGAUGGAGCUCGGGAAGGUUCAAUGCCUUACACAGCUUGGAAAAGCUCAACAUACUCACGAGCAACACCUGGUGGUGAGGGUUUCAUGGGUUUUUAAUGUUCUUGAACAGUCUUUCUCCAAAAAUAUGAAACUGUGAUUCUUUGACAGAGCAACUCUCUGCAAAUGCACCCGAUAGAGUUUCGUGGCUGGCCAUAGCAUGGGAUCUGAAGGUUGAAAUAUUCAAAUUGAUUAAGUCAAAGCUGACAAAACAUAGUUCAUGGAACCUUGAUAAUGAGGUGGUGGGUGUUGAAUGGUUGGAUGAUCAGGUGGGUGGAGCUAACCUUUUUUCUCUCCAACAGCAUUUUAAAAACAUUUUUAGUUUUAUGAAAUAAAAAGAAAAUAAUGAGGUUUUAACUAUUUUUUACACUCAGAUGCUGGUCAUUCUUACUUUGAGAGGUUAUCUGGGUUUGUAUAGAAACGAUGGUCACGAGCUUCAUCGAACAAGUUUUGUAGUAGAUGCUACUGGAAGAGAUGAUAUCAUUGCCUACCAUACAUACUUUACUAACAGUUUCGGAAAUCCUGAGAAAGCCUACCACAAUUCUGUUGCUGUGAGAGGAGCCACUGUCUACAUACUCAGUCGGAUGCAUCUCAGUGUUUCACGUCUUCUUCCCUGGAAGGAACGCAUCCAGACACUCCAAAAAGCGGGUGAUUGGAUGGGAGCAUUGGAUCUGGCAAUGAGACUUUAUGAUGGUCAAGCACAUGGUGUUAUCGAUCUUCCAAAGUCAGUUGAUGCCAUACGUGAAACCAUAAUGCCAUUUCUAGUCGAGAUGAUCUUAUCAUACGUAGAUGAAGUGUUUUCAUAUAUUUCAGUAGCAUUUGGUUACCAAAUUGUAAAACUGAAUCAAGAGGAAGAUCGAAAUUUAAGAAACAGUUCUGCUACAGCAGAGGAAGAAGAGCAGUUUGCUUGUGUUGGUGGAGUUGCAGUUGAAUUUUGUGUCCACAUUAGGAGGAUUGAUAUCCUCUUUGAUGACAUCUUCUCUAAAUUUGUUGCUGUCCAGCAUAGAGGUAUACUUGAGUUCUCAACGCUUUUCUUGCCUUUCCCUAUUUUGUAAAUGUGCUUUUAUUUAUAAGCAGGUAUGCAUUUUCCAGUACUUUCAGAAUCUUAGGAAUUCUACUUUGUUUCAAUUCACACAUGCUACAACAUUUAUUUGACAACCAGUCUCAGAUGCUGAUUUUUCAUAUCAUCUAUGUUUAUCUCCCUUUAUUUUUUCAUGUCAGUGAUAUUUUUCCGCUUCCUAGCAGACUAGAAAGCAUUUUUUUAUACUUUUAUUGGACGAUGUGAGAAAUUCAGUGAAAUUUCCAACUAUAUCUUGCAACUAUAUUAAGAUUUUCAUUUUCGUCUGAGGAAUGUGUGAUGAUACACGGAUGAUAAAUGGUUUAGAUUACGAUGUAGACAGUAUAUCUAAUCUAGGUUCACUAUACUUUCGUAAUCCCCAUUAAAAGUUAAAAUUGUUGGUUAUCUCGUGUCAAAUGGUCUAUGUGCUGGCCUAGAGUUACAAUGUGGAUCAUAUCAUGUGGACUGCAACAGAGUUGGCUACGAUUUAAAAGAUAUAUGUGGAAGACAGAGAAUGCCGACAAGGAGCAUUCGUUGGGAUAAGAUGCUCAAGAAGACACAAGCAAUUCAAGGAUCAUGGACAUGAUAUUGAAAUUAAUUUUAAAUAGAAGACAAGUAGUUUGUUUACCUAUGAUACGUACAUAGGUGAUAUUAUUUUAGCUCUUAUUAUGGAAAACCGUUAAAUAUAGAGUUGCCAACAUUGAUUCCAUCGCAUAGGAUUCCAAAUAAGGAAGAUAAACUUUGGUGGACAAGGGGCAGAUUAAAGUGCAUUGUUACAGCACAGAGAUCAUAGGAAACCGAGUCUAAUACUUCAAAUUCUGCUUUUCGUAGAAAAACUGCUUGGGCAAGAGAAUUUUCCACGUUCACAAAGAUUUGACCUUGUUUUAUUUCUGGUGUCAUGUAGCUUGUUGUUCCGUGAGGAAUGGAAUAUCAGUGAGUCUGGGGAGGGCUCGAUUUUUCUUCAUCCUCUGUAAACUUCGACAGUAACGUUAUGCUUUUGAAAUAAGAAUAAAAUAAAUAUUUUUUAGUAAUAUCACAUUUUCCUACUUUAUUUCUUUUUUUCGAAUUUCUAUUCAUAGUAAAGUAUUAUACUGUUUUCUUACUGUUAAAUUCUAUGCUCUAAUCUCCGUGUUUUUUGUAUCUGAGAGAUAAGAGCAUUUGCAGCUUAUGUUUGAAUUUAAAAUAGGGUUCAGCACAGGCUUGUUUUCCACUUACGAGUGCCCUUGGACUUCAAGAUUGAAAGUGAAUGACAGCAUCAAUUUUUAUGGUGUUUUUAAAUUUACGUGAUCGCUGUGUUCACGCCAUAAACUUGGUUUUUUGUUGUUUAUGGUUGUCAAGCGUAAGUUCAAGUUCUAUUUCUUCUCUUUUUCUAGGCACGUUUUUGGAGAUUUUGGAGCCAUAUAUACUUAAGGACAUGCUCGGAUGUUUGCCUCCUGAGGUACUCUUCUACUCCUGCAUUUAUUGUUAUGAUUCUUCUCUUUCGACGUAUGACUUGGACUUUAUCUUGACUCUCAUUCCUUGAUAAUUUCAAAAGAUUAUGCAAGCGCUGGUGGAGUAUUAUAGCAGCAAGGGAUGGUUGCAAAGGGUUGAGCAGUGUGUUCUUCACAUGGAUAUUUCUUCCUUGGAUUUUAACCAGGUAAAUUCUUUGGUAACCUAUGCAGCUUAUUGGUCAGCGCAUUGGUUACCAUUGUGAAGUUAUUAUACAAAUGGCCAAAAAUUUUGUCGAUUCAAUUUCCUGAGUCCAUUUUCUGUUAUCCCAUCUAGUUCGACGACUAACCUUUCUCAUCUGAAACUGUCCGUUUUGUGACUGUGAUAAUCAAUAAAACGAUUGAAGGCAUAGAAAAACUCUAAAAUAUCUACUACAAAUCUUGGACUAACUACUGCAUUUAUUUUCCCUCUAUUAACAACAUUUUUUCUAAGAAAAAUAUUAAAUUCAUGUUAUUCCUUCUUCCGCUUAAUGGCACAGUGGCAAAAUGGGGAUGUUUGAGGGCUGGGCAGGUUGCUUUAAAUAUAAUUCAAUUUAUACUUGCCGAGUUUAGACAAGUCAUAUGUAAAAAAAACCAACGGAAGUUUGCAUUUCAUUCUUCAAAUCACCUGACCGCCUCUUUUCCAUUCCUUUUUUGAAUGAUACUUUUUGCUUCUUCAUGUAGGUUACCAAGUUAUGCCGAGAGCAUGGUUUAUAUAGUGCCCUGAUUUAUCUUUUCAACAGAGGUUUGGAUGAUUACAGGACACCUUUAGAAGAUCUUCUGGUUGUCAUACAAAAUGAUCAGAGAACAGAUGCGACUCUUCAGUAUGUGUCACUCCCAUUUUGCUUCUGGUGACACUAGCAGUUUUUAUAAAUACAAAAAAAAACCUUUUAUUUUCGGUUUACCUAAUUUGAGUUCAGAAUUAAGUUUAUCAAUUUGAAGCAUAACUUGGCCUCUAGGAAUUAAUAAUGGUUUGGUUUCCAAUUUAUUUUCAAGAGCACAAUAAAGAUAUUUGAUGAAAGUGAGAAAUUAACUAAAAAUAUUAUUGCUUGAACAUAUAUGGUACAUUCUUCCACUGUUUAGAUUUUUUAAUGAUUUCAUGAUACCCUCGAAUUAUGUUUGUUCUAAAAACAUGCAUAUGCUCUCUCUUGUAACGUUUAUUGGACGGGCAUAAUCUUCUGUGGAUGAAAAUCAUAUUAUGCUUGGUAAUGUUUAGGUGAACUUACUUGCAUAUUGUACAGAACCGUUUACUGGAUAAUAUGAAUUGACUUCAGAUUGUGCUUUGAGUGUGACAUCAGGGACGUCCUUAGCAUUCAUGGUUUUUUACGUGCGUCAGUGGGCACAAAAGUGUUUCGAGAGAAGUUAUAUUUUUUAAAUACACUAAAAUCUCUGGACAAGGUUGGGAAUAAGGCUUCUCUUUUAUGUACUUCGAAAAAGGUUGGAAAUUAUUUUAUGGAUUUUUUUUAUUAUUAUUAUGAGGCCAACAUAAGCCACCUUAAGAAAAUGAGAAAUCAUAUAUAUAUAUAUAUAUAUAUAUAUAUGUAUAGUUUAAAAGGCAAGGGAUCGUCACAACUGUAACUGAGACAAUCAGCACAUGAACAAAUAACCUAAUGGAAAUGAGGGUCGCAAAACCUAAAUUGUUGAUGUUAUUUAAAUCAUGCUAUGGCACAGUCUGACGCAAAAGAGUAAGCUUGAUUUUAACUAGUUUGUGGUCAGAGGCUUUCCCAGGUCAUUGUAUCGUUCUCUUCAUGGUGAUCAGUAGAAAUGGGCGAUUAAGUUGUCAAAUCAUCCAAGACUAGAGAUUUUCUGUUUCUGUUUCCUUCUUUUCUUUUCUUCCUCCUAUGGCCUGCCAACUCUCCCCAAGUCUGCUCCUUCAGCCUGGUGUCUCUGUGGUUUGUACCUGGUAUUUCUUCUUCCUGCUCUAACUUCCAGAAGCAGGAAUCUGAUUUUGGGUUGCUAGUGUAGCGUAUUGAGGUCAGUAUCAACUGAUCCUCAACUUCAACCCUAUUGUCACUUCCUUUUCUUCUUUUCUUUUAUUUUUUCUUUCCGCUCCAACAUCUGUUGCGUCUACCACUACUGUGUAACCUGUUGUAUUCUUUGCUUGCAGCUAUUUACUAGGCGCUUGAUUAUCAUUCUUGUUCGAUUUAAUCUCAACUGAUUUUCCGUGCAAGCAGACACAAAGGGUGUGCUUAUUUCCUGUUUCUCUCAUUUGACAUCCUAUCUUGAGCUUCUGUAUUAUUCUUAUUUUCAGUUUCGUAGGGUAGAGGGUUUCUACCUCUACACAUGAGCUUCUGUACAUGUGUAAAUACUCAUGUGUUGUGAUUAGCCCCUUGGAUUCAGUUUUUCUCUGCAAGGUCGUGGGUUAGCACACUCAUUUAGAGUGCAUGAUUGGGUGUGUGGUCCAAACUGUAUAUUGAGAACGAGCCUUUGCAACUUCUUCUCAUUGCGUCUAGUUCUGGUUUGUUUUUGGGAUCCUACACCGUGCCAGUCUGAUUGUUGAUUACUUUUGUGCUUAAAUAGUUUAUUUUAAUUCUUAAAAUGACAAUUUAAUUUCCCUAUUGGUUUCAUUGAACAUCUGACCUACAAGCUUUUUUAUCUUUCCUGGAACAGGUAUAGGAUGCUUAUUUAUCUGAAAUAUUGCUUUCUAGGUCUUGCAUUUCCACCAGGUAAACCUUUUAGAUUUUUGUUAUAGUGAAAUCAAAGAACUGUUCUCUUCUCAAUGUCCUCGGUAACCGAUAAAAAUGGAAAGGGAGUAUAGUUAAUUCUAGUACCUGAUGUCACUGCUUUUUCAGUUUUCACUCAUGUCUAUUUUGCUUGCUUCUGACCAGACCGUAGCUGGAAUCUGCCAUUUAGACCAGUUUGAUCUGUUGAAUUGAGGCUGGUACAUAUUUUCAAAUCUUGGUUUUGAGUUCUUUUGUCUUUAACCUCCGUAUUAAAAUCCGUUAUCCGCUGCCACCCACCCAUGGAAUCUGAUCAAACAAGGUUGAUUCUUAUUCAAAUCAUCCAACUCAAAUUGGAGACAGCUGACUUUGUUUCGCAUUGUUGAUGGGGAUCAGAUAUUCCCUCUUGAAAUCAUAUCAGAUGUAGCUGGUCGUGAUGCCUUUGCAUAUUACUGGCGAUAUCAUGAUCUUAUGAUCAUCCAGCAGGAAGAGUUAGGGUCACGGAAUAGCGUAAAAUGUCUCUAGAGCCAACUCAGUCCCAUCCUAGCUAAUAGAGUUGGGGCCACAACAAUAGUGAUGAGGGGGUGAAGGGCACAACUACAUUGAUGAGAAGCAGAUAGGUGCCCUCUGCACACGUAUUUCGAUUCUCCCUAAUAUUUUCCAGUCUUCACAGAGAAAAAUGUUACAGGAUCAGCUGUAGCGAACAAAAGUGUGUACAUAUCGAGAUUUAAGGAACCAUCAAGGCCUUGAUGGGAGUACGCCCAUUAAGGCCUGAAAAAUAUUAGCUGCUUACAUUCAACUUUUUUAAAAUGGGGAACGAGUAAUGCUUUGAUCAGUAGAUGUUAUUUGACAGUUAUGAUACACGAUGAGAUUUUUCUAUUGGUAUUUCUCACUGAAGCAAAAUUUUCAUUUCUUAAUUUUUAAAAUGUGGCACACGGUUGAAGCCUUUUACCCAUGUUUUGUCACCUUUAAGUUAUCGGGUUUGACUUAUUGUUGAAUUUGAUGAAAGUUUGUCAUGGUCUUUUUAGCGUGUUAGGGUUGGCUGUAAUUCCCAUAUUCUUCUGUUGGCUAAAACGUAGGUGAUCCCCUCUCGGAGAGGAUUCGUAAUAUUGGAACUUUUUCUUUCAGGUCAUGGUACACUCCCACCCAGUCGUCUACCAUCAGUCAGGAAGGAACUGCUGGAGUUUCUUUUGGAAGAUUCCACAGCAUUAACAUCGAAAGUUAUUCAAAACUUUAAGUCGUCUUAUGGAGCUUGCCCAUACUUAUGUUACUUACUGUGGUUGGAUACAGAAUCUGCUUUAGAAGUUCUUAGGUGUGCGUUUAUAGAAGAAUCACUUGUAAAGUCGAACAACUCUAUGGAAAAAUGCACUGAAUUUAAUGUGGAGGAUAACGCAGAUGCUCCUAAGAAUGCAGAGGAUAAAAAUACUUUGCUUCAAAAUAUUGUUAACCUCCUAAUUAUCAUCCUAAAUGUGGGAUCCAAUGAGACAAGGUCCUUUCAAGUGGAUGAGAAUGGGAUUAUAGAAAGUUGGCCUUUGAAAAAAGAUGUAGAUCACGUCAUAGAGUUCAUUGCACACUUCAUUGCUUCAAAGCGAGUCACCGUUUCAGGGAAUGUCCUAAAAUAUAUUUUGGAGUAUUUGACAUCAGAUCUACCCCUGUCAGUUGGCCCAAGUCCAAGAAAUGAAGCCUCUCAAAGAGAGAAGCAAGUACUGUCUCUUCUGAAGGUCGUGCCUCAGAUGGACUGGGAUUCAUCUAGUGUGUUGGAUCAAUGUCUAAAGGCACAGUUUUUCCAGGUACCUACUCUCUUGGGUAUUUAUUUUAAUUCUAGUAAAGCGGAAGCAUGGUGAUUUUCAAGAAAUAAAAAAUGAAAUUAUGAUAUUUUUGGAAAAGAGCACAAUUUUCUUGCAGAGGUUAACUAUAUUACCAUUUUGUCCUGACAUUUCAUAAUUUGAACUUAUGUCCAGGCAUGUGGUUUAAUAUACGCAAUCAGAGGGAAUUAUUUAUCGGCCUUGGAUAGCUAUAUGAAGGAUUUUAAUGAGCCUUUCAUUGCGUUCGUUUUUAUCCAUGACAUGAUGUCAAAGUUGAAAAAUUCUGAAUUUUCAACUUUUCGAUUGGGAGUUAAAUCUAGAAUUCCUGAGCUCGUCAAGUUAAGCAGGUAUGUUGGUCUCUUUUUCUUUUUACGUUUUAUUGGCAAUCCUAGGCUACUCGAACAAAGAAAUGUCACAGGUAUUUCAGUAUUCUUCUCAUAUUGAAAAGAGCAUUCUAAGUUAUGCUUGUAUCUGAUGUUUUAUUUUCAGGGAAGACGCAUUUCUUUUGGUUCUAGAUCAUUUCGACAAGGAGAGUCUGAAAAUUUUGUCUGAACUGCAAGGCUAUCCAGAAAGCCUGUUUCUUUUUUUGAAGACAAUUAUUGAUGCUCAUUUGCGUGGCACUCUUAACUUUCCUGUCUCAAGAGAUUCUCAGAGUUCAGAUGCCUCAUUAAAAAGGACCAAGGAAAGCUGCAGUGAACUUCGGGCAUACUUGGACCGAGUAUCAGAUUUUGCCAGGCUUUUACAACAUAACCCAUUCAGCGUCGAUGAUAAAACGGCAGAACUAUAUGUUGAGGUCAGCAUCACUUGAAUCGACUUCAGGAAAAUAGCCAUAGGAUUACAAUUUUUUUUAUCUCUUAUCGCAGCUUAUAAUAUCCACUGUAUUAAAAUCCAAUUAUGAUCAUCUAUCAAUCAAUGAAGUUGACUCUUUGGCUCUCCUUUAUUAUUUUUCCAUUUAUCUCACUCCAUUUUUUGUAUUUGUUCAUUUGAAAACUUCCCAUAGAAUAUAGUUUCUGCAAUAAUUAUUCUUUCUUCUAUAAUCUGAUUGUUUCAUGAUGAGAUAAUACAUUGACAUGCGGAUCACAGUUUACUUCACAGUAACUUGAACAAGGAAACAUAGAAUAUAUUUUAUUAGGAAAAAUCGUGAAAGGUUGAACUCAAAAGUUCCAUACGUUGUACGGGAUUACCUGGAGUAACCUCCCUGUUUAUUUGUGGUAGGAAAUAUCUGAUAUGUCGUCCAAGCAUUUUACCUGCAUGGGCUUUCAUUUUCAGCUGUUAUUCUGCAUUCCACGGGUUGAAUAUAGCUUGUGUCAAUGGGGGUCUCUGCAUAGGCAUUGCAAUGUAAAUGGACGACUAUUAGAAAAAUUGGUUGUCAUUGCUGUUGUUUAUGUAAAGUCUGCAUCGUUCUUUUAGCUUGUGGCUUUAUUAUUUCUAGUUUCAGUUAAAACUUCAGAAAUUUUGAUUGGGGCCAUUUUAACCGUGCAGCUGAUGUGCCAGUACGAGCCUAGUUCAGUUCUCCGAUUUCUGGAGACCUUUGACAAUUAUAGACUUGAACAUUGCCUUCGGUUAUGUCAAGAGUAUGAUGUUAAUGAUGCUGCUGCAUUUUUGCUCGAAAGAGCUGGUGAUGUUGGAGGUGCAUUAGAAUUUCUAAUGAGUGGACUUGAUGGAAAAGUUGCUAUUCUUGCUACCGCUGUUGAAGCUCUUUGUGUGACCAAUUCGGGAAAUCUUAAGCACACAGAGCUGUUAAACACAUGUUUAAACAUGGAUGAGGUAUUUUAUUUAACAUCUCAAAGUUGAAAUGGUUUCUAAUUCUUGUCUUAUGAGAUUCAUCUUAUCGAAGUUGGAUUAUUUACUACACAGGUUUCCUCUGUACGUAAUAUAUUGCAUAUGGCCAUCGGUCUAUGCCAGCGAAAUACGCAGCGUUUGGAUCCCCGAGAAUCUGAAUCACUCUGGUUCCGUGUACUUGACUUGUAAGUUCAGUAGCUUGUGCCAUUCUACCGACUUGGAAUUUUGGUUUUGGAGUGAAUGAAUCGAAUGAUAUAUGAUAGCAAGACUUGUUGACGGGCAACGAUGAAUUACAGAUUCUUUCAUAAUUUUGGGCUAGCAAUUUUUUUGUUUUGCAGAAAAUAUUUAUUGACCUCAAUUCUUUCCUACCAUGAAAACUGUAGUGUUAAGAGGUGUUUUACAUCCUGACUGUUGAUUUCUCCUGCUCAUCAGCUUUCAAUAAAUUUCCUACCAUGAUUUUCCAUCGAUAGCCGUCCUGGAAAUUCUUUUAAUGAAGUUUUGCAUCGUCAAUAUCAGGGGAAACGUUUUAAAAUAUCUGUUGGUUUCGUAGUUUGCACUAUAGGAAGAGAUGGUCCAGAUGGAGGAUCCUUCAAUUCGCAGAAAUUCACAGAUAGUUUGAAUGUUCCAUAUUGAAAGAGCUCUCAUCGAGCGAUCAGCUGAUGGAGAUGAUGGUAUACAAGUCAGCCGGGUGUUUGUUUUUUUUAUUUGUUUGCUCGUGUGGUUAUUUGCUUUGGACUGGUCAUUAUGCUGCCCGUAGUCAGCAUGAGUAAUGCUCGUGGGUAAUGCUCAUGGUAUUCAUCGAAUUACUUUGUUUUUUGUUGGUUUCAGAUUCCUUUAAUACUUAAUCGUUAUGCGCGCUGCAUUUAGGGCCCUUUACAAGUUUGUCUAUGUGGCCACUUUAUUCCUCCUGUUUUAAUUCUCUGUGAACUGCACUGCAGAUAUUGUGAACCAUUGAGGGAUCUGUAUGAUGACAGGGAAAUUUCUCAAGCUGGUCCGUCACUUAUAUCAUCAGAUCCGACGGGCGCAAGAAGAAGAUCCUCGUUUAGACACAGGUUUUCGAAGCUGAGUGGGGUUGUUAGCAUUUUACGAGUUAUAUUUUCCCAUUUUAUCAAAGAGGUUGUUGAGAAAAUGGUCGGUUAUGUUCCCCUUUCAUCAGUCAUGAGCAAAAUACUUGCUGACAAUGGGGCUCAGGAAUUUGGGGACUUUAAGUUGACCCUAUUGGAGUUGCUUGGAACCUAUGGCUAUGAGCGGAGAAUCCUGGUAAUUACUAUCUGCAGCCUUUAAUCCUUUCAGUUCUUACAAAUUUUGUAAAACCUGAUCGAUUGCUAUGUAUCCUUGACACAUCUAGGGUUCUUAUAUUUCCAUCAUCUAUCAAAAUAUUAGGAUAAAAAUUCCUGAAGCAAAGUUGAUUCUAAUUGUCUUUGGUCUUAGUCAUUAUAAUAUGUCCAACCACUUUUCUGGGAUUUUCUGUGGCAACAUCCAGAGCCCAUGUGGUCGUAGUCGAGACUCGGCUAGUAGGAUGUUCCCUACCAAUCGACCAUACACCCUGCCUACAGCUGGUAGCGUAUGAAACUCCAGUGCUUCCCCUCGAGAACAAAACAGGGGAGUUUACAUAGGAGGAAGAACGCCUCACCGGUGAAAUAUUGUCACCACUGUUAGAUGCAAUUUGGCCAUGGGAGAGCAAGGAAACCUUCGCCUACUUUCUGUGUGUUGUUGCAGCAGUGGAAACUUCGUUUCUGAGCUGUGUUGCUCAUAAGUUUUUGGGUUACUAUGAAAAUCGCAACGUUUUUUAUUUUUGUGUGUGGCUGACGUCAUCCAUUUUCUUCCGUUUUCACCUGGAUUUUGUUCUCAUUUCAGGGCACGGCCAAAUCGCUGAUUGAAGAUGAUACGUUUUACACUCUGAACCUGCUCAGGAAAGGGGCAUCCCAUGCUUAUGCCCCUCAAAGCCUUGUAUGCUGCCUGUGUGGCUGCUCCCUCGCCAAGGUCUCCUCUUCGUCCAGCAUCCGAGUAUUCAACUGCGGCCAUGCGACCCAUCUUCAUUGUGAGCCUCAGGAGAAUGGAGCAGUCAACAGGGAUUCCCCUGCUGGAUGCCCAAUCUGUAUGCCCAAGAGGAAGCCAGUUCAUCCCCGAGGUAAAUCCGUUCUAAUGGAGAAUAGGCUGAUAAAGAAUCCACGGUCCAGAACAACAAAAGGGGUGAGCAGUGUCUACCAUCUACACGAACCCGACACAUCAGAGAAGCCCCAUGGAACUCCAUUGUCCAGGGUAAUCAUCUUUCUUUCUUCCCCCUCCCUCUCUCUCUCUCUUCAAAUCCCAGCUAUGGAAGACUAACUGGACCCUGCUAUUGCAGUUUGAAAUCUUGAGUAACCUCCAGGAAUCCCGGAGAUUACUCCAGGCCGACCCUACCCCGCCGUUGAGACUGGCGCCUCCCUCCAUCUACCACGAGAAGGUCCAGAAGGGUGCGAACUUUUUACAGGGAGACACCAGCGGCUCUCUGAAAAACGAUGAGCUAAACAGGAGCAGUCAACCCCGGGACGCCAAGCCCAAGGGCUUCUCGAAGAAGUUCCCCUUGAAGUCAACGAUCUUCGGUGUGUAUACUCCCACUGCGUCGAAAAUAUUGUGGGCUUCUCCGGUCAACCCUCUUCAACUCAUCGUGCAUCCUAUUACUUUUGCAGGCAAAGAAAAGAGUGCCAAUCGGUGAAUGGGAACACUCUGAGAGAGAUCAUCAGGGUUUCAAUCAAGUUGGGCUUAUCGGCAAGCGAGCAUGCUGCCGAGGCGGAGGAUCGUCAGGCCAUACUGUAAGUGGGAUAUUUAUUUCCUUACACCAAUUCGAGCAUCUCCUCUGGAUCAACGAAAGUGCCCGGAUUCUCUAUUUCCCCGCUCCGGCGUCGUACAGGUCUUUCUAUAUGCAGAAAAAAAGGUAGCUAACGCAAAACUAUGGGUGAAUAUUCUCAUCUUGUUCGUCAUGCGUUUCCUGUAUUUAAUGAGUCCUCUUCUCGGCAGCGUUCUGGCUGCCCAGCACCAACCAUGGCACCCAGUUACUUUCAAAAGGUCUCUGCUUUAUAGAACUGGAUCGCGCAAUCUCUUCCUUCAUUUCAUACACCAUCUUAUAGACACCGGAGAACCAUCUGAACGAGGGAUCUUCGCUAGCACAGCAAUGGGACAGAGAGAGAGAGAGAGAGAGAGAGAGAGGAAUAUAUAAGGAAGGGACGGAGGGCCUGGAUCUGCACCUAAGGGGAAGCGAAGCGGCCAUCAUCUAGCAAUCUUGGCGACCCGGCGGGCGACUCCGAAGAUAAGCGCCUUGGUGAGGAGGCCCCGGUCGAGGGUGCAGGCGAGGACCACGGCCCCUCCGACAACGAGGAACUUGGGAAUGCUCCUCCCCUUCUUGGUGGGCUCCUCCAUCUCUGCGGAGCCAUCCCCCGCCUCCAACGAUCUCAAGUAAUUGGCACUGACCCUCGUGUUUAUCUUGGCCAUGGCCGAAGAGGGCGAUGGCGACCUGCCGGCCCGCCCCGCCGCCUGGUACGCCCGCAGGCCAGGCUCGAUCUUCUUGACGCAGCCCCACAUCCCCUGCCGCACGCCCAGUUUGGCGAUCUCCCAGGGGAUCCCCAUGUCCUCGUAGUGGAACAGCAGCACCUCGCACGCCGUCCGCUGCCCGUCCCUUCUCGACUCCGCUGCAUUAGGAUGAGCCAUGCACCACCAGCAUGAGACUUCCGGGUCACCUCAAUCAACUAAUAACAAGAGUUUUCGGUAUACAGGGAGAAUCGGCCGACACCGGCCGGGGGUUCCGAUGUGGGGUUCCAGAGAAGAAGAAAAUGGAGAAGAAAAAAUGACGGACGAGAGUCGAAGAUUGUAGUUUACCUGCGCGAAUGCACCAGCUUGAGUAAUACAGAUCCACGCGCCUGGGUUUGUUUCUUCUGGGUAUUGAUGGGUAAGGUACACCCUGAGACAGCAACGGGCAAAGAGAUUGCAGGCUCCAUCAGGGAAGGAAAUAAGAAGGGAUCGGUGA